AUGGAUAACCUUAUACCAGAAUUACACGGUUCAAUGGCACCUGUAACUGAUGAUUUUUUUUCUGCUCAAAUAAGAGAAUAUUCAGUCGUGAAAUCCAUAGCUACAGGCUCAAAAAAACUGUGGCUUAGUCCGGCCGCAUUCUUGAAUCACGAUUGUGAAGCCAAUACGAAUAUAUAUUCUUUAGGAAGGAUUGGACAUUAUCGAGUAAAUGAACAAGGUGCCGCUCGCAUAAUGUCAAAUUUGGACUGCAGUGAAGAAGUCACAGAAAGGACCCCCAGAGAAGCUGUUUAUACGUGUAAUAUGUGUGGACAAAUGUUUUUGUACAAAUGUUGGUUGGGGAUACACAUUGCUUCCCAUAUGGACCCGAUUCAUGUAUGUAAAGAUUGCGACAGGGUUUUCAACAGGAAAGAUAACCUUAAAAGACAUAUACGAACUGUUCAUGAAAAAGUGAAGCAUAAGUGUGAUAUAUGCGAUGCUAAAUUUAGCACUACUCAUGCCAAAACUAGACACAUCAACUGGAUUCAUAGCGAAGAGGAUACCACAGUCCAUUGUCCAAAAUAUCCUUCGACGUUUUCUUGCCAACUAAAUCCACAAUACCAUGAUAACUUAAAGCACACUCUCUUAAAACCGUACGAGUGUAAGGAAUGCAAUCAAGGAUUUGAGUCACCUUAUUUUCUCCAGAUUCAUAGAAAAUCAUAUGAUAAACAUAGGAACGAUCGAUAA